UCUUUAAAGAGGACACGCUCUGUUGUUGUUAGUAGACAGUGAGGCGGACAGACAGACCCUGAAGGAACCUGAUGGGAAGGAUUUCGUUUAUUUUAUCUGGUCCUCUAAACUAAAAUGUCCUCAUGUGUCCGAGCAUGGCUCCCUCUUCUGUUUCUCUUCUCUCUGCCUGUCUGUGUGAAGACCAGGAGAGAGAGGAGAAACGUCCUCUUCAUCAUGGCAGAUGAUCUGCGGACAUCCUUAGGCUGCUACGGAGACUCUGUGGUAAAAUCACCCAACAUUGACCAACUGGCAUCUAAGGGCCAAGUUUUCCUGAAUGCAUUUGCUCAGCAAGCCGUGUGCGCUCCUAGCAGGAUUUCAAUGUUGACCAGCCGCAGACCAGACACCACCAGGCUGUACGACUUCAACUCCUACUGGAGGGUUCAUUCUGGAAACUUCACAACACUGCCACAGUACUUUAAAUCCAGAGGCUACGUCACCAUGUCUGUGGGGAAGGUGUUUCAUCCAGGUAUCGCCUCUAACCACACUGAUGACUUCCCCUACAGCUGGUCCACCCCUGCCUUCCACCCUCCUUCAUUUAGAUAUGAGAAAGAAAAGAUGUGCAAAGGAAAGGACGGCGAGCUCCACACGAACCUGCUCUGUGCGGUCAACGUGACGGAGCAGCCCGGAGGAACCCUGCCGGACCUGGAGAGCACAGACGAGGCAGUGAGGUUACUGAAGAGUCGGGCCAAUGAGGACGCUCCUUUCUUCUUAGCUGUGGGCUUUCACAAACCACACAUACCUUUCAGGAUACCACAGGAGUACCUGACUCUGUACCCCAUAGAGAACAUGACCCUGCCCCCUGAUCCGUACGUCCCUAAAGGCCUUCCCCCUGUGGCCUACAACCCCUGGAUGGACGUGAGGAGGAGGGACGAUGUUCAGAAACUCAAUACUAGCUUCCCCUAUGGACCCAUCCCUAAAGACUUUCAGCUGCGUAUCCGUCAGCAUUAUUACGCUGCUGUGUCUUAUAUGGACGCCCAAGUCGGGCGGCUGCUCAGUACUCUGGAUGAGCUGAGGCUGGCUGACAGCACGAUGGUGGUGUUCACUUCAGAUCACGGUUGGUCUUUAGGCGAACAUGGUGAAUGGGCGAAAUACUCCAACUUUGACGUGACCACACGUGUCCCGCUUAUAUUCUCUGUUCCUGGCGUCACAACGAUCCGUGAUUGGAUGGGAACGCCCACCUUUCCCUUUAUCGACGUCUUCAGCCAAUCAGAGCUCAGAUUUGAAAGUAAAAAGGUCAUCAGAAACGUGGUGGAGCUGGUGGAUGUUUUUCCCACCACUUCCUACCUGGCUGGCCUCAGAGCACCUGACCCCUGUCCUGACAUUUCUUUCCAGGAGGAGCUGUGCUCAGAAGGAGACAACCUAGCCUACACCUUCAGACACAGAGAGAGGGGAGAGGAUGAGGAGGCCGUGUCUUUCAGCCAGUAUCCUCGGCCUGCUGACACACCACAGGUGAACUCUGACCUCCCUGACCUCAAAGACAUAAAGAUCAUGGGCUACUCCCUCCGCUCCUGGGACUAUAGGUACACUUUGUGGCUGGGCUUCAACCCUCAGACAUUUCAGGUGAACGUGUCUGAUGUCCACGCUGGAGAGCUGUACAUGACAGAAGACGACCCUGGUCAGGAUAAGAACAUCUACAGCGACACGGACCUCAGCGUUAUCCACAGAAAGAUGGCUGGCCUGCCUCAUACUGUGAGUCUGCAGACGAGGAUGAGGCUGCAGCUCCUCUACCUCACAGCAGGGAUGAAGGCUGGUAGGAGGAAGGCGUGAUGAAGGACACGUUAGGCUGAUGGAGACGAGUUAAAAGGGAUGAAUCUACAAAAACUUGAUCUAUAGAGAGGGACAGCUAAUAUAUUUUUAUUUUAUAAUGCACAUCUGCCUGAUUGCACACAUCUGGAGCUCUUCUUUGUUUUUCUUUCCCUUCAGUCUAGUUUGAAGUUUAGGAGAAAUACAUCAGAAGCUUCCAGUAGUUUUUCCUACCUGAACAUUUUCACAUUUUACCAGACUGACUAAAUAUAUUUUUUUCUACUUUAAUGAUUUGUAAAAUAAGAUGAAAUAAAUAUUUUUUUGUCUGAA